ACCUUACAUGCUUUCUCCGACGCAGAUUGGGCUGGAGAUUCCGAUGAUUAUGUCUCCACCAAUGCAUACAUUAUCUUCCUUGGAUCACAAACAAUUUCCUGGACAUCCAAAAAGCAGAACGGCGUAGCGAGAUCUACUACUGAAGCUGAGUACCGCUCAGUAGUAAACACGGCAUCUGAGCUACGCUGGAUUGUUUCACUACUCAUGGAACUUGGUGUUCCUCUCCACUUGUGUCUUACUGUCUACUGCGAUAACAUAACCAAACCUUAGACUACCACUUUGUACGCGGUCAGAUACAACAUCGACUCCUACGUGUGACACAUGAUCAGCUGGCUGAUGGUUACCAAAACCACUAUCCCGAGCUCCUUUUCAGACAUCGAAAAUCAAGAUCGGUGUUACUGACAUCUUAAGGGGGCACAUUAAGGAAAGACUACAGACUCAAAAGACCUCUAUGUAAUUACUCAUUAGUGUGAAUAACGUACUUGUAUCUUUCCUAUACUUAAUAAGAUAUUCAUUCUCCCGCCUAUUCUCUCUCUCUCUCUCUCUUCCUCCACUCGGUACUCAAUUAUCUCCGAUUUAGGGUUUCCACAGUCGCCAUGUAUCGCACGGCAGCUUCACGAGCCAAGGCUCUCAAGGUUACUUCAGCUGGUUGACUAGUGGGGAUACUCUGGUUCGAUAACUUCAUUGUAUGUGCCACUGGAGGGUGUAUUUCAACCUCCACCACUCCCCGGCCACGUUGAGCCUAGCAAACUUAAGAUCACUGCUCUUCCAAAUGGUCUCAAAAUCGCCUCACAUAUGUCUCCCCUACGUAAGAUGAAGGUAGAGAUAGCAGAGCUUGCAAAGAACCCUAUGGGUCUCCUCAUGGAGGCCGUUCACACAGCUGCUUAUUCCGGUGCAUUGGCAAAUCCUCUGUACGCCCAUGAGUCUGCUUUGGAUAGAUUGAAUGGGGAACUCUUGGAGGAAUUUAUGACUGAGAAUUUCACUGUUGCACGUAUGGUACUGGCGGCAAGUGGAGUUGAACACGAGGAACUUUUACAAGUUGCUGAGCCAUUAACUUCUGACCUUCCUAAUGUACCUCGUCAAGUGGAGCCGAAAUCUCAGUAUACUGGUGGAGAUUUUCUCCAACAUACUGGUGGAGAUUUUCUCCAACAUACUGGUGGAGAGGCUACACACUUUGCGCUGGCUUUUGAGGUUCCUGGCUGGAAUAACGAGAAAGAAGCAGUCAUCGCCACUGUUCUUCAGAUGCUCAUGGGAGGAGGCGGCUCAUUCUCAGCUGGAGGCCCUGGAAAAGGAAUGCACUCAUGGCUAUAUAUGUCUCUAGAGUUACCAAAGAGGAUUUUUAAGGAGGGCGAGGAGCCCCAAGUGACUCAUAUCAAUAACAACUGCAGGAUUGAAUACAUUAUGCGAAAGUUCACUGAGUGGUUGCCAAAGGAGUUGGAAGUUGUGAAGAAAGAUCCGGUUUUUCUCAGAUCUUUAAGCUCCAUAAGAAUGGCCUUGGGUUCUCCGCGAGAGUGGUACACAGCUUCUUGUGUAGGGAGCUGGUGACUUAAAAAUUGCACGAGCUUUGGUUUGUCUUUGCGAGGAGACCACUCCGAUUUUCAUUACGAGAAUUCCACGCAGUAACCGGGUUGAGUGCAAUACUCGUAUCUCUCUUAAGGAGUUCGAAGGUUGGAAAUAUGACGGUGGUUUCUGGAGCAAUGUGUUGAGGAGAAAAGAUGGAACAAUUACACUCUUCAACCUGUAGAAUAAGGACAAGGAAGCUGUUAAGAAGUGGAAGAAUGCAGAUCGCAUACGACUGAUCUAUCUGGCCAUCAUUCUUUGUGUGGUUUUAGCGAGAGAUGAGAAGGCUAAUAUCCCCCUCAAAUACAUCAAGGUGGUCAUGGAUCUUGAGAAGGUUCGAAAGUAUCCUUGGGGAGUUGCUGCUUAUGACCUUCUCUACAACUCAAUAGCUAAAACUCGUGACAACCUGAAGGAUAAGACUACUAGUUAUGUGUUGGAUGGAUUCUCGUACGCCUUCCAGAUUUGGGCAAUGGAAGCUGUACCAAAGAUUGGGAAGCUUUGUAGAAAAAAACUUGACAAAGGUUUCACGAACGGUCCUAGAUGCAUAAACUGGAUGGGAGCUGGAAAAGUGUCAUAUGAGGAGAUCAUUCGGUUGGAGCAAAUACUGACACCUGAGGAUGACAUCUAUGCAUAUAUCGACUGGAGAGGAAAUUAUGAUGUAGUCCAAUCUGAUGCUUUUCGCAGAGAUGAUGAUGUGGAGGAUGAUAGAGUCAAGAACCUGAUGGAGUUGAUAAGAACAUGACAUGAUUUUAAUGACCAUAUUUGGGAAAUCAAAGAAGCUCCAGAGGUUUGUUCAGAUCUUCAUGAUGAAGCACAUGUGAAUGAUGAAUCGGCUGUGAAUGAUGAAGCGGCCGAGAGUGAUGAAGACUACCAUACUCCAAAAGGAUCAAAGAACCUAGACGCUACAUCAAGAAGGGGUAAGAAGAGGCUUCCAGAUUGUGGUAUGGAAAAAAGGAAGCAUAAGGUUCUCUCUACUGGACCUAAGCAAGCGGCUUUUAAUGAAGACAUGAAGGCUUUUGUGGCACAGUUGUUUGAGCAGAGUUUCUCUGAAAUGGAACAUCGGCUACAAAGACAGAUGGCUGAGACAUUUGAGCAAAUGAGGACAAAGCUUAAAGAUUCACGGAAGGAAGCAAGCGUUGACGUUGACGUUGAGCUCGGAGAGCCUUUAGCGAAGAAGCCUUCACCGAGCCAGCCACCAUUGAGGAGGUCCACACGCGGGGUAAAGAAACACUAGUCUUCACCACUCUCUUGAAUGUUAUGUUGUCUUGUUUAUUAGGUUGUUUGCGUUUCUGUUUGUCUUACUGUCAUCUAUGAUAUCGGCCUGAAUUUUGUGGUGUUUUAUAAGGUCUCGGUUUGUAAGUGUGCUUGGUGUGUUAGUGUCCUUGGUUUGUAAGCGUGUAGUUUGAAAUUUAUGUAAAAUGUUGGUGUGUAAAUUAUUAGAACUUUUUAUAAAAUGUUAAUGUAAUGGAUUUGUUUGUGCUUAAGUUGUUAAUUGAUUAUUUAUCCUAACAUAACAUGAAGCAUCCCAGAGUUCAUUUGAUGUGAAUUUUAGCCAAGCAGAUGGUAUCAUUCCCGAGAUAGGUACGCAAGGCGUUGAAGGGAUUUCUCUGACCUCGUAUGUGCCCGGCUUUGAUCCAUCUCAGACCAAUAAGGGAGAUGAGUGGUGGACUCCAAGGACUUCAGUCCGAGAUUCAAUAGCUCCACUACCGUCACAUUGGGAGAAAUGGAAUAAAGGAAAAGGACUUCAGCUUACUGAUUCACCAUUGCGCACAGAUGGUUCUCCGCAGUCGUCACUGUAUUAUUGCUUCGAAGAAUCAUGGAUAGGAUUCACGGAAUGGGUUAAGAAAGCAAAACCUUUACCACUUGGUCUGUCAAUGUUAAAUUUUUCUAUAGCUACAAGGAUAGUAAGUCCUGGACAAUGGCUUGGCAACGAGGUAAUGUUUUCUUGUACUAAUUUGUUGAAUUUAUCUUUGUAACACAUCUUCGUUGCUACAUUAGUUUAUUUUCGUUGGGAAUAUUCAGGAAAUGAAUGCAGUUAUGUUUAUAUGGCGAGUCAACACAACUUUGAAGCGUUGGGCUCCAAGCCGUGUUGCUUUCUUGAAUGCUAUGUUCUGCCUCCAAAUCGACGAUGCAUACAACAAGUUCUUUCCUAACAAAAAAACGUAUGAAUUGCCUGAUUUUCUUUGGUACGGCAGAUGAGAGCUUCCAUCUCAUGGGCGGACUGAUCAAGUUUGGGGUGUCGAUGUUGAUCGUCUCUACUUUCAUUUGUUUGUAAAUGGUAAUCAUUCACUCCUCUACACGUCUUAGUUUUCAGUUGGGUUUCAUUUACAAAUUUAGUAUUGUACUAUGCAGGUAAUCACUGGGUUGCCGUCUGCAUCAACAUUAUUGAAAAAAGGGUGGAAGUCUUUGACUGCGGUGGGGGAAGGAAUUGACAAUACGUUGAGAAGUUUGCUGCUAUGAUUCCUAGGAUAGUGAAGGCUGUUGCACCACCUGAAAGACAGAAGCAGGUACUCCUCGCAUCAUAUUCAAUCGUGGAUGUGCCUAUGAAGACGAGAUUGAACAAGUCUUGUUGUGACUGCGGUGCAUACGCACUCAAGCACUUGGAAUGCCAUCUGCUUGGUAUUGACCUCAGUUUAUUGGAUGAUGAAAUAAUAAUGGGUUGCAUACAGAAGAUUGGUGUGGAUUUAUGGGAGGCUGCACACGAUCCCAUUUACGCUGAGGCAAUGACACGAUAUGUACCUUCAGCAUGGGAGAGAGAAGGGGUCUUUGACCUCGAAGAUUGAUUAUGUAUCUAAUUAUGUAGAAACCUCUAGCUUUUGUUUGGAUGAAAAUUUGUGACAACUCUAGCUUUGGAUUUUCGAGGAAUUAUGUGACAAUUCUAUCUUUGUUUUUGUAGGAUUUUUAGUUCUUCUAAUUUGAUUUUCUGAACAAAUUGAUCUUCUAAUUUGAUCUUUGUUUGAUUUUCUGAACAAUUCUAUCUUUAGUUCUUCUAAUUUGAAUUUAAGUUCUUCUAAUUUGAUCUUUGUUUGUGUACUACAUGAUCAUAAAACCUGAGGAUCAAAAACACAUUCAGAAUAUAUCUUUCAUUCAUAAACCAACCUGAAACCCUAAAUAAACCCUAAACCUUAAACCCUAAAUAAACCCUAAACCUUAAACCCAUAACCUCAAAUAUACCCUAAACCCUUAACUCUAACCAAAGUCAAAAUCAUAACCCCAAACACACAUGACAUCUAUUUAUUCACUAGUAAUGUAAAUUUAUACUAAUUAUCAUAUGAUCAAUUGUCAGACCACUUUCUUUGUUCCAUGUUUUGAAACUAAUUUAGAGGAUUCGAAGACAAAGUACAUACGUUUGGUAGGUUGUUUUAGUCGUAUAUUUUGUGAUUAUUUCAUGAUCUACCUUUGGUAGAAUACACAUUAUAGAAGUAUGAAACGACGUCGUUUAGCUAAUUAUUUUGACCUAUCCCCUUUUCUUCCUCAUUCUUCCUCGACAGAGAGAAUAACAGCGGCGAAAAUUUGGAGAUCGACUCUAUCAUGUCUUCGGCCAAUUCUUCAUCCACUCCAACAGAUCGAGUCGCCAAACAACGUGGAAUUCCCACGAGAUGCAAUUGCGGUGAGGCAGUGUCUCGUUUCACUUCAAACAGAGUUAAAAAUCCAGGAAGAUUAUUUCAUCGUUGUCCGAUGGGAUCUGAGAAGGUUAGUCUUAUGAUCAUGGAACUUUUUCUUUGUUUCAAUCUAACUGUUUAUUUGAUGUUAAUGAUGAAGGACAAAAGCCACUUAUUCAAAUGGACUGAUAAGUCGGUUGUUGAGGAAAUUGAAGACUUCCAGGACCUGUUUGACGUGCUGCUUGUUGACAAUAUCGAGUUUUAGAAAUCAGUGAGAGUUGGUGAGGCCAUGAUGAAAGGCCAUGAGAGUAGAAUUGAAGAGAUGGAAGAUGCAAUUGCACAUUGUGAAGAGAAGAUUAGAGAAUGCAUUAGGGAAUUAAGGAUCAUAAAAGCUUUGUUUGUGUGUUGGUUGGCGAUGGUCUUCAUGUACCUUGCAUAUGCAUGAUGUUCAUGUGAUGCCCCAAAUUGUUGUUUUUUUCAAACAAGUUUAAGACUAUGUUUCUUGUUAUUUCUUGGUGAUUAUCAUCUACUAGAACCAAUAAUUUUGCAAAAAACAAAUUGUCACAAACAUAGAUCGAUUAGUCUCAAGAGUUUAGCAAAUACUAAAUAGUCAAAUAGUUAAAAAGAAGAUCACUAUGUUUCAAGAUCAAUAAGAAACAAAACAGAGGCAGCAGAACACACAGAACAAACUAGAUGGGUAAAUCACAUGUUCCUCUCUUGUGUCAUUCGGUACCACAACGACUGCACUUGUGCUUUUUAUUCUUUCUUGAUCCUUGAGAAGAUUUUAUCUUGUCUUCUACUGAUUCAUACCUUCUCUUUAUUGGCCGACCAGCACUCUUUCUUAUCUCUGGUGGUCAAACCUUAGCAAGUUUAACCUCAGUAGGGACAUUCCAUUCACAUUCUGGAACUGCUAUUGGAUUAAUGGAUUCCGCAUAGGCGGUUCUCCACGCUGCAGUGGUGUAUAAGCCGUCAGUAAAUCUGUGCACUUCCAUGCCUGUACCAACAAAAACGUGAUUGAUUAGAGUCGAUAUGCUGAAAUUAACAAAAAUAAAUAUGUCCCAAGUUCAUGUGUUCAUACUUCCAUACCUCGUGAAUAAAUGGCAGGAAUGGCGUGUCGGCAAGGAAUUUUUUCUAUAUUGUACUUCCCACAUGUGCAUGUUCUUCUUUCCAAAUCAAUAUGACAAUCAUAUAUGUCUCCUUUCACAAGCGAUUUGAAGUCGUCAACUUUGUAGACUUGAAAGCCUUUUGCCUUCACAAUUCUCCUAUCAAUCUUUUUCUCCACCUUAGUGGAUAAUGAUCAAAAUGCUUAGAGCUUACCAAGCGACACUCAUAGAACCAUCGAGUCAACAAUUCUCUUAUACUAUCUAGCAAAGGAAUAACCAGAUAUUCUCUAGGUAUUCUCAGAACUGAAUUUAUCGACUCUGCAGGGUUUGUGGUCCUAAUGUCAUACCUUUCACCAGGGAAGAGAGAACGAGCCCAUUUGCGAACAUCAGCCUCCCGUAGAUAUCUUCCAAGCUCAGGACUCAUUUCAAAAAUUUCGGUGAUACGUUCCUGAAAUUCAGUGUACAUAUAUGCCCGUGAAGCCUUUUCCACCAAGGCAGUCAACCCUUUUGUCUUGAAAAAUGCAACCACAUUGGUCAACAAGUAAUGAAUGCAAAUUCCAUGUGCUGAUUGAGGGUAGACAGUCCCAAUCGCUUUAGAAAUAGACGCAUUUCUAUCUGAGACAAAAGCUAGGUCUUGACAAUCAGCAAUAACCACUUUCAACUGUCUGAAGAACCACCCCCAUGAAUCGUCAUUCUCCGAAUCAACAACCCAAAUGCAAUCGGAUACAAAUUAGAGUUACCAUCUACAGUAGUAGCAACAAGUAGAACUCCUCUGUAUUUAUUUUUCAGAAAAUUUCCAUCAACAACAAUCACCCUUCGCAUUGCAUUGUAGAAUCCUCUAACUGAUUGCCCAAAUGACACAAAUAGAUACAUGAAUCUUCCCUUCUCAUCAGUUUCAUAGUGAGUAUGCGUACCAGGAUUAGCUUCUUUAAUCAUAUGCAAAUAUGCUGGGAUUUUAGCAUAACUGCGAUCUGGUAUACCUCUAGCAGCUGCAAUAGCAAACUCACGAGCUUCCCAAGCGUGCCAAUAAGUAAUCUCACAACUAUGCUCCAAUCUCAUAAAUUGAAUGAUGUCAUUUUCUUUUGGGCCAUCGUUUGCAUUAUCAAAUCGAUGUUAUAUCAGAGUCCCAAUUGUUCUUGCCGAUGUUGUUUUUCCGAAUUUCCUUUUCUUUGAAGGAGCACAUGAAUGUCUUCCCUCGCACUGGUUGAUCAUGAAAUAUGUAGACCCAUCUAUACCUUCUGCACGCACAGUCCAGUUGCACAAUGCAUC